CCAGAAAGCCGUUGAUGCCAUCUUCACAUUCUGCAGCUACUCAGCCCGCCUGAGCUUCACUUAUUACAACGUGUAUUUGGAUCAUCACGUGUCUGCGGCUCCACACUCGCGGUGGAAGCUGCUCCAGACGAGAGCUCAUCUUAGGAAUCCCACAUCCGCCACGACCCUUGCCCCUCGACGACACGUCCAACACAAUACAAACGACACGUCCCCAUGACACCAACAACGACCUGAACGACGCGACGCAUCUCGCAACAACACCAUCUGUCAUGGACGAAUACCACGAAUCCGAAGGCGGCGCACGCAAACGAAUCAAGAUCUCGAAGACCUCCAGCCGGCCGGUGGGAAACGGCCCAACCAGUCCCGCCAUCGUCGCCUCCAAUACCCAGAUCAAGCAAGAAGCAGGACCAAGCGAGGGCGUGCUAUUGCCAAAGACAGAGACACAACAAGAUGCCGGCCACAGUCACGACGGAAGCUGUCAUCAUGAGCAGUCGCUGCGGGCGUUGCACACAGACAUGGAGGCCAUGAGACAGCUCAUCACGUGCAAGAUGUGCUAUAGGUUCUUGUACGAGCCGUAUGGGCUGACUUGCGGACACACAUACUGCUACAGCUGCCUCUCUCAGUGGAUGGCGACGGCAAGAACAUGCCCAGACUGCAGAGCCCGGGUGAAAGAGGAGCCAAGGCCGACUUGGGUCAUCCGCGAAAUGGUCCGCGUUUUCGUGGGGAAGAGUGAAUUGCUGCCAGAUGGAGAAACCACCGAGGAGCACGAGAAGAUGGCGAGGGAGGAGGCAGAGAUCGUGGCUAAGGACAAAGCCAACACCAACGUAGAGACCGGAGGUCUUUUCCGUGGACACUUCGGAAGGGGCACGAGACUGAACCCACUUACGGCCGUGCGAGACUAUGCCGACAAUGUGUGGAGAUGUCCAGAUUGCCAUUCCGAGGUGGAAGGACGCAGAUGCACUGGAUGCAGAGCUCCGGUUCGUAUCGAUGCUGAUUCAGAUGAAGAUUCCACAAUGACGGACGACGACGAGCUCGAUGGUUCACUCGCAGAUAUGGAUCACGACGCCGAUGUGGAUCUUGGCCUAGACGGUCACGUCUUCUUCGGCUCUGAGGGCUUCGGCGAAGGCAGUAGUGACAUUCACGAUGGACUGGACCACUACGACGAGGCGCGACUCCACUACAUUACUGAUCUCCAAGACCAUCCGCAUGUACAUCGGCUCCUAGACUCGGAGGAUUCUGAGGACUCGGAAGGAGGCAGCGACAUGGACGGCUUCAUUGAUGAUGAUGUGCAUUUCGAAGAGGACGCCACUGUCGAUGAAACAGAGGAUGAGGCUGAAAGCACUCCUGCACGUCCGAAUGCUUCGCAGCAGCGCCGCAGACCCAUUCUUUCCGAUUCUGAUGAUGAUGACGUCGAGGAAACCACAGGGCCUCGGCGUGUGGUGCCCAACAUUCAACGUCUCGCUGUGCCUGAUUCAGCAGAUGAAGAUGAUAGUGACGAUGGACCGAUCGCCAGCCAGAACGGUCGGCGACGCGGCGCUCGUCCACAAAUUGACAGCGAUGGGGAAGAAGAUGAAGAUAGCGAUGGGCCACCAGAGGAGACAAUGGUGGACUUCUCGAAUCUAGGAGCCUUUUCUCCCGCCACAGAGCACAGCGAUGACAGUAACGGAGAAGAAGAUGAAGAUGCAAUCGAGCAGCCACGCGGAAUGUACGACACUGAUGAAAACGAUGGCGAAGAUGAAGACGAGAGCGACGAAGAUGCAUUUCCGGUCGUGCAGCAGCGCGAUACACGUGGAGCAGGCAGUCGUACUCAGCCAUAUGCCUUUGACGAUAACGAGGACGAAGACGAAGAUGGCAACGAAAGUGAUGAUUCUGAUGAGAGGGAUUCUACGUCUGAGCCGGAUCUUGGAUCAUACAGUCAUCGCCUACAUACCCGCGGCCCUCGCCGAAACCGCCAUCGCAGUCCACCGCCUUCUUACUCGUCCCUCUAUCCACAGGGCAACCCGCGCGCACAGCCGACAUAUCGCGCGAGUCGAAUCCCAGCAGAGGUCAUCUCGAGAGCCGCUCGUGUCGCUCAAACUCGUGGUGCAAACGCGGGGCAACCUCGCCAUCCCUUCCAGCUGUCAAACACGUUGGCGCGCCUGAACGCCGCCCGCCAGCAGGAUCAAAAUGAUCACUUCCCUGCUCCUGGCCAACCACAUCACUUCGGUAUCGUCGUGGAUUCGGAGGACGAAGCCGAGAUCGCAGAAUAUGCCUCAGGUUCGAGUGGCAGUAGCAGGACUUUGCAAGGCGAUCCUGCACCUCCUGCCAGCAUCACGGUCACGGUCGCUCGACGUCGUGGGAGACGAAACCGCUUCCGUAAUGCAGUGCCUCAAUCGGAUGAGGAGUGAGAUGCUGCGAGCGUUCAGGGUGUCACUGGCAUGUUGUAAGAACUCGGGCGUGAGCGGCUAUGGUAUGGAAUUCAAAACUUCAGCACGAACUUUUCUACAUAGCUUAAACGGCUGUAUUGAUCCCGAGGAUCGUCUUGAAGCCGAGAAAGUACAAG